ACCCGUUAUUGGCUAAAUCAAAAGAAAGUGAAUCGGGUUCAUAACUGAUGGACGAGAUCUAAAGGCCGAGCAAUCAGGAUAGAUUUCUACAAGGGACGGCGGUUCCAUAAAUCUAGUAACCAUGUCCUGUUGUUUAUCGGCCGAGGAGAGGGAACAAAAGGAGAUCAGUAAGCUAAUCGACAGGCAGUUGCGGAAGGACAGGAAAAGUGCGCUCAGCGAGCGUAAACUGUUGGUGCUGGGCACGGGCGAGUCCGGGAAGUCAACAUUCAUCAAGCAGAUGCGCAUCAUCCACGACGGGGGCUUCACAACCCUGGAAAAGCGUGGGUACAUAAAACUGGUUUUCCAAAACAUCUUCAUGUCCAUGCAGUCAAUGAUCAAAGCCAUGGCCAAGCUGGAUAUUUCUUAUGGUCAAAAAGAACAUAAAGAACUUGCCGAUCUUGUGUUGAGCAUCGCAUACGACACGGUGGAAACGUUUAAGGAUCCUUACGUGAGUGCCAUUAGAACGCUUUGGGGCGAUGCAGGCAUCCGGAAGUGUUACGAUCGUCGAAAUGAAUAUCAGCUGACUGAUUCCGCCGAAUACUUCUUGAGCGACUUAGCUCGAAUUGAAAAGGAUAGAUACUUGCCAACCGAGCAAGAUAUUCUUCGUGUUCGAGUGCCGACGCAAGGCAUUGUUGAGUAUCAAUUCGAUUUGAAAGGCUUAAAGAUAAGAAUGGUUGACGUCGCAGGGCAGCGAUCCGAGAGAGCAAAGUGGAUUCAUUGUUUUGAGAACGUGACAUCAAUAAUGUUCCUAGCAGCUCUAUCGGAAUUCGAUCAAUCGCUUGCUGAAGCUGAAAGUGAUAAUAGAAUGAAGGAAUCUAAUGCUUUAUUUCAAUCGAUAACUUUAUCCCCUUGGUUUCAAAAUGUUUCGCAUAUCCUAUUUCUGAAUAAGACAGACUUGUUCGCAGAGAAAAUAAUGACCAGGGAUUUGGUAGACUAUUUUCCUGAAUACAAUGGUCCGAAGAAAGAUGUAAAAAAGGCCCAAGAUUUCAUACUGAAAAUGUAUGUACCAGAUGACCGCAAAAUAUAUUCUCACUUUACAUGUGCUACGAGUACAGAUAAUAUUAGAUUUGUGUUUGCGGCUGUGAAGGACACAAUUGUGAAAGCACACCUUGAUGCAUUCAAUUUAUAAUAAUCCAGCAA